AUGUCCUUGAACCGCAUCUCAUUCCUGGAAGGGUGGGAACGCAACCCCGCAGCCUUCCUUCACAGGCCCGAUGGGGACCCAGACACAGACUCUGACGACUACCAGGAUCUGCCCGAUGGGUCCGUGGCAUCAUCAUUCCCCUCAACGUACAGCAGACUGAAUUUCAACCCAUACGCGGGGCCCGGGUGGAACGAGAGUCCUGACGAUCCACAUGACGAUCGGUCCUCGUUCCUUGGUCCCUCGUUCCUGGGUCUGUCCCCAACCACAACGCGGGAGCCUCGGGUGAGCUCGCCUGCGCUUGAGAGACCGGCAUUGGUGGAUGCGCCUUGGGCGCAUACAACGGGUGCUUAUGAGGUGAGCAGGGCGAAGAGAAUUGCCCAGGUCUGCACGGCAGUUGUAUACUGCUUCCUCGCUGCUGGGGUUGUCUUUGGGUUCGCGGCGUUAAAGCCGGUCCUCAUCCGCGAGAAGGUUUAUCGCAACCUCUGCUCCCAAGCGGAGCUGGACAGGAAUGUUGAGGUUUGCGAUGGACAAGAAAUCAGGCUUAACCUGAUGUUCACUAUCGCCGCCGUAGUGACGAAUGUUUCAGCCCUGCCUGUUGGGGCCAUUUUGGAUGCAUAUGGUCCCAGGGUCUGCAGCAUCAUCGGUAGUAUCUGCUUGACCAUAGGAGCUGUGCUUUUCGGAACUGCCCACAAGCUCUCCUUCGAUGGAUAUAUACCAGGAUACCUGUUUCUGGCACUGGGUGGACCAUUCAUUUUCAUUCCAUCUUUCCACUUAUCGAACACAUUCCCCAAACGCUCUGGUCUGAUCCUGUCAAUGCUAACAGGGGCAUUCGACGCCUCGAGCGCCCUGUUCCUCGUGUUCAGACUGCUGAACGAGCGCACAGACGUGGUAUCCAUUAACAAUUUCUUUGCCGCAUACCUCGUUGUCCCAUUGUUCGUCAUUUCAAUGCAAAUCUUCGUCAUGCCAGCAAAAUCAUACAAAACGGCCGGCGAACUCGUUCAACAAGCCGAGGCCCAAAUCGCAGAAGAGGCUCAGGACCACUUAGACGAAACACUGGCUUAUGGUGAAAGCGAGCUUCGGCGCGAAAACAGACGCCUCCGUCGACAAAGCCUCGUCAGUCACAUCCACAGCCUACUGGACGACACUACGUCCGCUGUUUCGAUCGACAGCCCAUCACAUACUAUACCCAUUGCAGUGAGCGCACCCGCUCCGACAGGCGUCUGGGGCGUGCUACACGGCCACAGCGCCCUCUUCCAAAUCCGCACGCCGUGGUUCGUUCUCAUUACCGCGUUUACGGUCUUGAUGAUGCUGCGAAUCAACUAUUUCGUAGCAACCCUACGCUCUCAAUACACCUACCUACUUGAUGCGCAUCUUGCCAAAACACUGAAUACGGCUUUUGACAUCCUUCUCCCUAUCGGUGGCCUGGUCUCUGUCCCUUUCAUCGGCACAUUCCUUGACGUCUUCCAGACUCGGACCGUUCUGGCCAUCCUAGUUCUGACUGCGACGGUCAUCGGCAUCCUAGGAUGUAUCCCCCAGCUUACUGCGGCGUAUGGGAAUAUCAUUCUCUUCGUGCUAUACAGACCGUUUUAUUAUACGGCUGUGUCUGACUACGCCGCGAAGGUGUUUGGGUUCGCGACAUUUGGGAAAGUUUACGGUCUUAUCAUUUGUUUGGCGGGAAUUGGAAACUUUGCACAGGCGGGACUCGAUGCGCUCACCUUGAAGGUCUGGGAGGGUGAUCCUGUCCCUGUCAAUGUUGGAUUAACAGGUCUGGUUGCGACUGUCGGCGCAGGAUUGGUUUUGUUCGUUGCUUGGAAGACCCGCGAUAGGGAGACGGGUGGUGAGAGGGAACCAUUGUUGGAUGGGGAGGGAAGGAGGUACGGGACUUGA